UUCCAUAUAAGAAAACUAAGCUUUUCUAAGUGGAACUCAACCAAAUGUGUAGAAUAUAACAUAGUUUCCAGUUUUUAAUUCAAGAUAAAGUGUGUGUUACAUUUCUACCUUACAUGUCCAGCAUACUUGCACCAGCACUUAAAUAAGAAGUAUGGCUUGACUAAACCGAUCCAAUACUCAAUAACCGAUCGAAUGAGUCAUACAUGAUUGUUGAAAUAGUUUGAAUCCUAACACGUACUUUUGUUAUUAUCCCCAGCUUGUUUUCAGUUUUUGAUUGCUAAAUGACCCUUUCAAUUGUGUAACAUGCUUGUAUCUAUAACAUGAAACCUCGUUAAUUUUGGUGUAUGUUCAUUGUUCACUGCUAUAGAUUUGUAAUACAAAGACCUCUUCUUAAUGCAAUUCUCUUCCUUUUACUUUGCAGUCGAAAGGGAUCAUCUGCUGUUGUUCGAGGACGUAAGACUUGCUCGGAACUUUGCCAAUUCUAGUGUGUAUGUAACUGCCGUUGUUCCUUGUUAUCCAUAUCUCUGUGUUCUUACACAACAAACAUCAUGCUACUAUUAUAUUAUUUUACCUUUACACUAGUGAAGGUCAAUAUGCAGAUUCUCGAGCAUGAUCGCCUUCCAUAUAAACCACAUAGUUCUCAGUUCACCAGGUAAAACCUCAAGAGUUAUACCAUCAUUUAUCCUCUUUAUAAACUCAUAAAUGAAAACACUUUCUUCUUCUUUUUUCCUCCUCUUUUCUCUCGCUGUCACCUAUUUUCAAACCAUAGCUCAAUCAGAGGCAGAAGCCCUCCUUAAAUGGAAGAACAGCUUAAUCCAAGCUGACUCACUCAAUUCCUGGUCUCUGACCAACUCAAAUCCCUGUAACUGGCUCGGCAUUAUCUGCAAUGAUGCUGGAAGCAUCGUAGAACUUAACCUCCCCAAUGCUAACCUCAAUGGCACCCUGCAUCAAUUCAACUUCUCCUCAUUUCCGAACCUCACAGCCCUCAAUCUCAACUCCAACCUAUUAUAUGGCUCCUUCCCUUCAAACAUCUCAGCAUUGUCUAAGCUCACCUCAUUAGACCUCAGCACCAACAGCUUUCAUCAGUCUCUACCGCCUGAGCUUGGAGACCUCUCAGAGAUGCUCGAUCUCCGUCUUUAUAACAACAACUUAGUCGGUAAAAUCCCAUAUCAGAUAAGCAAUCUCCGAAAGGUACAGCACUUUGAUCUGAGUGCAAACUACUUGGAAAAUCCAGAUUAUGACAGGUUCGCUCCCUUCCCUUCCGUCACCUAUCUUUCUCUCUUUCUCAAUAACCUUACUCUCGGAUUUCCUGCUUUUGUGUUGAAUUGCACUAAAUUGAGGUUUCUUGAUUUGUCAAUGAACACGCUAACGGGCUCCAUACCUGAAUCACUGACAAAUUUGGUUAAUCUUGAGUAUCUGAACCUGACUUCUAAUUCUUUCCAAGGAUCAAUUCCGGUAUUCUUAACGAAGUUUUUGAAGCUAAGAGACCUUCGGCUUAGUACAAACCAGUUCACAGGAGGAAUACCUCGUGAAAUUGGAUCAAUAUCGAGUCUAAGGAUACUUGAACUUGGUAACAAUUCGUUAGGCGGGCCAAUUCCUUCUUCACUAAGGCAGUUAAAGAAUCUGGAAAGGAUUGAUAUCAAGGUAGCUAAACUGAACUCUACCAUACCAAGUGAACUUGGGGUCUGCACCAAUCUCAAUUAUGUCGAACUGUCACUUAAUCAUCUCACAGGUGGCUUACCUUCAUCUCUUUCGAACCUAACUAAAAUAACAGAUUUUGGGAUAUCGAGCAAUUUGUUGUCUGGAGAGAUAUCAGGAGACUUGUUCAGGAACUGGCAUAGGCUAGUUUCGUUUCAAGUGCAGGACAAUUUUUUCAAUGGAACAAUUCCUUCGGAUAUUGGAUUGGCAACAGAAUUGAAGUACUUGUACCUUUACAACAACUUUCUUUCAGGUUCCAUUCCAGCUGAAAUAGGAAACCUGAUCAACUUGCUUGAAUUGGAUUUGACAAGUAAUUAUCUUUCUGGUUCAAUCCCAAUAGAGAUUUGGAAGCUUAACAAUCUCAUAGCAUUAUUCCUCGCCGCUAAUGAGUUGACGAGCAUGGUAUCAAGUGCUUGGGACAAUCAAAAUAACAUCACGGGCUUUCCCUCAAUCCGGUAUUUGUUCGUUUCCCACAAUAAUUUACAUGGAAAUAUUCCUUCAUUCAUAUGUAACAUGGUUGACAUCGAAUAUUUAGAUCUCUCAAGGAAUCAUUUAUCAGGAUAUUUCCCUCAAUGUUGGCGGGAUUUAAAAGUUUUGAAAGUGCUGAAUUUGGCAAACAAUAGCUUGUAUGGAGAGAUUCCGAGCACAGUUGGCUAUAUGACUUCUCUGGAAUCCUUGCACCUUAAUGAUAACAAUUUCACUGGAGAAAUUCCAUUAUCAAUGAGAAAUUGCAAGAAACUUGUCAUUCUGGAUCUUGGGAAUAAUAAAUUCCAUGGAAAUAUUCCUGCAUGGCUGGAUAAAACAUUUUCGGCACUGAAGGUCCUUCAUCUAAGGUCCAACAAGUUCAAUGGCAGUAUUCCUCGACAAUUAUCUGAACUCAUUUCCCUUCAAAUCCUUGAUCUUGCAAAUAAUCAUCUCACAGCAAGAAUUCCUCAGAGUUUCCGAAGUCUCGCAGCAAUGGCUACCAGAGAAAAAACAAUGGGAAGCAUGUACGCUCCAUCUACCUAUUCCUCAUUCGGUUACGAGGAAACUGUUGAUAUAACUAUUAAAAAUAGAGAACUUGAAUUUCACAAGUCACUUUCUCUUGUAGUAGGGAUUGAUCUCUCAAACAAUUAUCUCACUUUGGAGAUCCCUGAAGAAAUAACAGCUCUUUCUGGAUUGAUCUUCCUGAAUCUGUCAGGAAAUCAACUAACUGGCAAUAUUCCCCAGCAAAUCGGCGACUUAACUUUGUUGGAAUCUCUGGAUUUGUCACGGAAUCAACUUUCGGGUACAAUACCUUCGAGCGUUUCUGCUUUAAACUUUCUAAGUUAUCUAAAUAUGUCGUACAAUAACUUGUCGGGAAGAAUUCCAUCAGGUCGCCAGCUCCAAACACUUAAUAAUCCGUUGAUGAUCUACAUUGGCAACCAUGAUCUUUGUGGGGAGCCACUAAGAAAAAAUUGUUCAGUUGAUAACACUAGAGCAUUCAGCAACGUUGACAGAAAUGAACUGAGAAAUGGGGAUGAUGAUCAGAUGAUCAUAUGGCUAUAUGUGAGCAUCGCAGCAGGAUUUGUAGUCGGAUCUUGGGGAUUUUGGAGUAUUUUGAUUUUUAAAAAAUCUUGGAGAGUCGCUUUUUUGUGGUUUAUUGAUGAUGUGCAAGAUAUGGUAUACACUAUGAUAACUUUGAGAAGUUCUUAGGAAGCUCAUAAUAACUAUGAUGUACACUUAUCUUUCUCCUUUUUUUCCCAUACAGUUCAGACUUUUAUGUAUU